AUGAGAUACAUUAUGUCCGAACAGUCGGUGCGCUUCUCCAAAGAUAACUCCCAAAUAAUGACUGAAGUCUCAAAUAAUGAAGCUCCACUCAAGUCCGGUGGCACUUUGGAUGCCAAUGUUCAAUUGAAAUACUGCCUCCAAAUGGGCAAAAAGAAUCAGUUCUACUAUCUUAUGGUCACUUUAAUAAGCACUUCCAUUAUUUUGCAGAUAGCAUUAGGUGCGGCAAUAAUAUUGAAGUCCAGAUUCAACAUUAAUAAAGACCACCACCACUCAAAUAGCAUUAGGUGCGGCAAUAAUAUUGAAGUCCAGAUUCAACAUUAA